GUCGUCCGGAUUGAGAUGUCUUGUAUUGCAUGCCUAGGGAACCUUGAUCCUUAUCCCUACUUAUUAGCCACACAUGAUACUGCACAGCUGUGCCUAACAUGCCAAAUGUGUCGCGAUGGAAUAAUUCAGUAUCUCGACAGGUCUGGCCCUAUGAUGAGGGAAGGAAUAAUCUGCACGACAAUCGAUAGUGAUUUAAGAAGCAUAGAGAUCUCAUAUGAUCAACGCUCUCCUACGAAUGAUAAAUAUUUAUCAUUGGAGAUGUAUACACUGCCCGGUAGGACUUGCCUUAGCUAAACUGCACGUCCUGAAAGCUUUUGAUUAAACUAGAACCUGCCAGCUACCCAGGAACGGACUAUCGUAGGUACAUUAAAUAUGGAGAUUUCAUCGUUUCACCACAUGUUAGCGCGGCACUCGCUCUGGAACAAGCUAUAUAUUUGAUAAAGCCAUGGCUAGAAAAAUGCCGCUCGCACAAAGAAUGUGAACCUGUGCCAGGAACAAUAUUUCCGCGUCGUCUUCUAGACAUUAGGGAAUCCAUGACGAACAAGAGGAUUCGCUUGCUUGAACUUGAGUUGGAGAAUGUUGAGAAACGUGCUGCGAUUGAAUAUACAACAUUGAGCCACUGUUGGGGAACAGCUGAAUUCACUAAGACUAACUUAGCUAAUUACAAUGAUCAUGUUAAUGGAUUCGACAUAUUCAUACUUCCACGAACAUUUCGAGAUGCUAUUCUUUUGGCAAAGGGUCUGAGUGUCGAUUAUGUGUGGGUGGGUUCGUUGUGUAUCAUACCAGACGAUAUUACUGACUGGCAACAACAAUCAGCCAUAAUGGCUGAUAUCUACGCGGGCUCAUUAUUGAACAUAGCGGCAGCUACUGGUCAUGAUAGUUAAACUGGCCUUUUCAGCGUCAGACAUACACAUACAAACUCUGAGAUCUAUGGAAAGAUGGAACGAGAAGCUGCACUACCUUUUGCAGAGCUAGAAGUUCUUCAGGCCUCCGGAUCAGCACACAAAUGGAAAGGCAAACCAGUUUUUAUACGUCCAAGUUUACAAGAAACUCACAAUGGACAUCUGCGCAUGUGGCAGGCAAAAGCUGGUUACCGAAAACCGAGACCAUCAGCACCACUUGAUACACGAGGGUGGGUGUAUCAGGAACGACUCUUCUCAGCAAGGACAGUCAGUUUCUACUCUAGCGAGAUCAUUUGGGAAUGUAGGCGGGAACGAUGGUGCGAAUGCGGUAUGAUUCUGCAAGAUGAACAUGAUGCUGGGUUCUGGGAGAGAGCUGAAUCUAAAUACGAACCCGUGCAGAUAUCCCGCGAUUGGCUUUACGAGGCUGAUUUAGAACUCCCAAUGCCUCGAAAUCAGGAGAGAAUGACUAUAAUUGUGAAAUGGUAUAAGCAUGUUCAGGAUUAUACUAGUCGGCGACUGACGAGGGAGGAGGAUCGACUUCCCGCCAUUUCUGGAAUCGCAAGUCGCACUUUCGAGUCCCUGAUCCACAAUUGGAAGUUAGAGUGCUGGGAGCAAUCUAAAACCCUGCAAGCUCCUCGCUAUAUGGGCGGUCUGUGGCUCAUCUGUAGAGCAGACGGUUCUCUCUCAUUACCGGGUCUUACUUGGUCUGCAGGACAAUAUUUUUUAAACAAAAACUUUGUCUGUAAGAUCAAGAGAAAGCACAAGUUUGUGGCACCAUCAUGGUCGUGGGCUUCGCUUGUACCUGUUUUUACAGAUGAUGGAGAUAUCAAUGCAAGAUGGCCCUACUUUCCCUCGCUAAAUCAUAGCGACUCGCGGGAUGAUGACAGACUCAUCGCUCUAAUAACCGGCAACUAUUUCGACUACAACUACAGCGAGCACGACCCUUUCUUCACUAUCGAGGAAGUUACUUGUACAGUAGAAGGCGAUAAUCCCUUUGGGAAAAUAUCAUCUGGCGUAUUAAAAGUGCGCGGAAAAUUAAUAUUAGCCCGAAACGUUCGCUCAUUCUAUACCGAGAAAGGAGUUCUCGAGUAUUAUUCGCAGACGCCUGAUCCAUUUAAUUCCAUAAUAAUGGACUAUCAGGGAGAAGAUCUAGAUGCUGAUGGCUGGCAGCCGGAAUGCGCACGUGGAAAUACAUACGGCUUGCAAAUUACUCGUGAUAAAUAUAUUGAAGGGGAUAGGCGUGGAGUAAGUAGAGUGGCGUUGAUUUUGCUGGAUAUUGGGAGGGUUAAUGGUAAUUAUGCGGUUGGUCCGGAGAAGAAGUUUAUGAGAAUUGGUCGGACUGUGGUUUAUGAUCAUUUUCGUGCUGGGCGGAGUCCGUUUGAGGGGGUCAGGGAAGCGGUUUGGUUAAUAUUGUAUAAGAUGAUGAUUUUCGUCUUACAUUGUUAUUAUAAACUUAUAUAUAUAUAUAUUUCAGAAUUUACUACUAUUUAUAUAAUAUAUAUGUCAUUCAAAUUUUAUUAAAUUAUAAUCAUUUAUUAUAAAAUUAUUUAUAAAUGAAAAUAAUAGUUUUAAAAAAAAAUUUCCAAAAAUAAAAAAUAAAAAUAAAUAUAUUUUUUGGACUUAUUUCAUUAA